CGCGGAAGCGUCCUUAUGCAACCGCGCGGCUGUGUGGCGGUCGGGCGCAGCGGCUGCAGCGGCAGUCUCCCGGCCAGCACCAUGUCGCGCACACGUACCGCUCCCACCCACACGCGCCUCGUGGCGCUCACACUUGCGCUCUCGCUGGCGCUCGCCGCCGCCACUCCCGCGCACCCGCGGCCGCGCGCGCGACGCCAGCUCGCAGAGGAUAACUCGCUGCAGCCAGAACAAAGUGGCACUACGUCGAGGCGCCUGGCGAGGGCCACCCAGGGUCUACCGCCACCCCCUACAUCAGCGCGUCAACCGGCGGAGGCUUCCCCGGCACCACAGCAGGAUACUUCUCAUCUACGCCUUUCGAGGGAUACUCAAGCGGAUCUCCUAGUUUACCCUUUGUCACCGCCUCAACCCCCGGCCGGAGCUACCUCCCUCCCCGCAGCGCCCGUGCGCCCACUUCGACAGACGCCACCGACCUCGACGAAGACUUCGGAAGACGACAUCCCCGUCUUCGACCGGAACAAAGUGAGCCUGGACUUUCCCGGGAACCUAUUUGGACCAUCCGUGUCGCUCCUGAUCAAGACUACUAAGAUUGUUGGAGACGUCAUCCAGAAUUCGGCGGUGCGCUACCAGACGUUCCUGAGGCUGUUCCGACCGCUUUUCCGCGGCCCCUUCGAGAUCAAGGGUCUGGACCCGCCCACGACCACCACCGCCGCCCCGGCGCCCGCCGACAACGAGGUGCGCCGGCGCCGCCGCGCAUAACAAGAACAUCCAUUCAAAUUUUUGAGGCUUUUUAACCCUUU